CCCUUGUUGAUGCGGGAAAGGAGAGCAGAGACGCAUCGGAAAAAGCUGCUGCGGCGCACUGUGAGCGUCCCUGUGGAGGGGAGACACCACUCCGAGCAGGAGUACACUCUCGCUCGUUCUCGUCGGAAGAGUAUCGCCACAGGGAAGCUGCCCAGCAUGGAGACUCCGCCCACCGCCCCGCCCCAGCCCUUCCGCCAGCCUAGUUUCCUCAGUCGCAGGUUGAAGGGCUCUAUCAAGCGAGCGAAGAGUCAGCCUAAACUGGACCAAACAAGCAGCUUCCGUCACAUGCUACUGCCUCGAUUCCGCAGUGCUGACCAGGACAGGACUCAUCUGAUGCAGAGCUUCAAGGAGUCUCACUCCCAUGAGUCUCUGCUCAGCCCAAGCAGCGCAGCAGAGGCUCUGGAGCUCAGUCUGGAUGAAGAUGCCGUCAUCAAACCAGUCCACUCGAGCAUACUGGGGCAGGAGUUCUGCUUCGAGGUGACGACAGCGCUGGGGACGAAGUGCUUUGCAUGUCGAUCGGCCGCAGAGAGAGACAAGUGGAUUGAGAAUCUGCAGAGAGCUGUGAAACCAAACAAGGAUAACAGCCGGCGCGUUGACAAUGUGCUUAAGCUGUGGAUUAUCGAGGCGCGGGAGCUGGCUGGGAAGAAGCGCUAUUACUGCGAGCUGUGCCUGGACGACAUGUUGUACGCACGCACGACCAGCAAGACGCGCACCGACACGGUGUUCUGGGGAGAGCACUUCGAGUUCAACAACCUGCCGGCCGUGCGCAACCUGCGGCUGCAUCUCUACAAGGACAAUGACAAGAAGCGACGCAAGGAGAAGAGCAGCUACCUGGGGCUGGUCAACAUCCCCAUUUCCAGCGUGGCAGGACGUCAGUUCGUGGAGCAGUGGUACCCCGUGGUGCUACCCACUGCCUCGGGCAAGGGGAGCUCGAGCAAGGCAAGCUGCCCCUCCAUCAGGAUCAAAGCCCGCUACCAGACAAUGAGCAUCUUGCCCAUGGAGCUCUACAAGGAGUUCGCUGAGUUUGUCACCAACAACUACCGCACUCUGUGCACUGUGCUGGAGCCAGUUCUGAGCAUCAAGAGCAAGGAAGAGGUGGCCUGUGCACUCGUGCACAUACUGCAGAGCACUGGCAAGGCAAAGGACUUCCUGUCUGACAUGGCGAUGUCGGAGGUGGACCGGUUCAUGAACCGCGAGCACCUGAUCUUCCGAGAGAACACACUCGCCACCAAGGCCAUCGAAGAGUAUCUGAAACUGAUAGGACAGAAAUACCUGAAGGAUGCUAUUGGAGAGUUUAUCCGUGCGCUCUAUGAGUCUGAGGAGAACUGUGAGGUGGACCCAAUGAAGACACCACCCUCCAUCUUGGCCGAUCACCAAGCCAACCUGCGAAUGUGCUGCGAGCUGGCACUGUGCAAGAUCGUCAACUCCCACUGUGUGUUCCCUCGAGAGCUGAAGGAGGUCUUUGCUUCAUGGCGUAUUCGCUGUGCUGAGCGGGGCCAGGAGGACAUUGCUGACCGACUCAUCAGUGCCUCCCUGUUCCUGCGCUUCCUGUGUCCUGCGGUAAUGUCACCGAGCCUCUUCAACCUCACGCAGGAGUAUCCCAAUGUGCAAACCUCACGCACCCUCACCCUCAUCGCCAAUGUGUUGCAGAACCUCGCCAACUUCACCAAGUUCGGCAGCAAAGAGGAAUACAUGAGCUUCAUGAAUGAAUUCCUGGAGAUGGAGUGGGGCUCCAUGCAGCAGUUUCUCUAUGAGAUUUCCAACCUGGACAGUGUCACUAAUGCAGGCAGCUUUGAGGGCUACAUCGACCUGGGCAGAGAGCUGUCAACACUGCACUCUCUGCUGUGGGAGGUCAUGGCUCAACUCAGCAAGGAAGCAAUCCUCAAGCUGGGUCCGUUGCCGCGGUUACUCAAUGACAUCAGCGUGGCGCUGCGGAACCCUCACAUCCAGAGACAACCGAGUCAUCAGACCGAGCAGCUGCUCUCCAGACCCAGCUUCAACAGAGGAGUGUCAUCGGACUUCCAAAACCUCAUGAUGAGAGACCUCAACAGCUCUAUUGAUGUCACUCGAUUGCCCUCCCCCACCUCUGCUCUGGGUCCUGCAGGGAGCGCUCUGUCCUCUGGAGGGGGAAUGAUGGAUCGAGAUAACCAGCACCGUGCAUCCAAGGACGUAUUCUAUGUGACACGCCCCCCUCUCGCACGCUCAAGCCCCGCCUACUGCACCAGCGGCUCUGACAUCACAGAGCCUGACCCCAAGGUGCUGAGUGUCAAUAAGAGUGUCUCAAUGAUGGAUCUGCAGGACAGUCGCAUGAACAGCGUGUCCAACCUGCAGAGUGUAGACAUGCUGAACAGCAGCCAGGCCUCCAUCGCAGGACUGGGAGGACUGGGAAUGGGGGGGCUAGGCGCGGUGCUCAGGUCGGGGGGCCGGCACUCGGCAGGGAGCGGCAGCUCCAGUUUCUCUGGGGGGCUCCGGCUGAGUCAGAUGGGGGUCACCACAGACUCGCUGUCACAGCAGCAGGCAGCCAUGCGGAUCCCGCUGUCCUUCCAGAACCCACUGUUCCACCUGGCCUCUGACGGGUUGCAGCUGCAGCAUCAGGCCAGCCGCAUGCCUCUGCAGACGCAGCCUAUGCAGCAGCCCCCCCACACGCUGCUGCUCGCACCCGAGCAGGACAUGGGCUCAUCGCAGCACCACUCCUCCUUCCUGCCCUCUUUCCAUGGUUACUCCCGGAGUGAGGACCUGUCAGGGCUCAACAUAAAGCAGCCGCCGGCCAACAUCAUGCACAGCCACAGCUACAGCGAUGACUUCACGAGGCAGAACUCAGAGUACAGCCGCAGACAGCUCUCACUGCAGGUAACACUGAGCACUCCACUUUGUCACGUGGUGUCAGAACACGGGAUCAUGGACUGCAACGCACUGGCAGAGCUGCUGGAAGCACUAGACAGUGGACAGGACAUAUGUGAGAGAAGGAGGGAGGCGCGCUACACUGCAGUCGUUGAACGGGAGAACCUGCAGCACAUGCUUGGAGGUGGGGGUGGUGUUGGGGGAGGCUCUGGCUCUGUGAUGGGGACGCCCCCCUCCUCCUCUCAGCCCCAGCGCAGACUCCUGGAGCAGCAGCCUUCCACCAUCCUGCCUCCCCCCUCCUCCUCCACAGCGCUGCACAGGAGCAAGACCCAACAGCUGUCUGUGAGCUCCGCCCAGCCGACCUCCCUGCAGCAACAGCCCCAGCCCCUGCCCAAGCAGCACAGCCAGGCUCGGCCAGCCAGUGGGAAGCUGCUCCAGUCUCCAGAACCAGCCUUCGGGCCCCAGCUGGGCCGAGCUGGGCCUAGGCAGCAGCUCUCAGUGAAAGAUGCUUCCCCGCAGGCUCAGGGGUCAGGUCUGACUCACCAGCAGAACUCUGUCAGGGAAACCCAGAACAGCUCACAGCAACCACAGCCACAGCAGCAGGGUCCGCAACACCUCAAACCAGCCAUCAGCAAACAAGGCUCCCACUCACCUUCGACCCUUAACCCCCCAACCCCGGCCUCAGAGCGCACAGUCGCCUGGGUGUCCAACAUGCCACACCUAUCAGCAGACAUCGAGAGGUCACACAUCGACAGAGAGGAGUUCAAACUGAAGGAGUAUUCAAAGAGCAUGGAUGAGUCUCGACUAGACAGGGUGCGGGAGUAUGAGGACGAGAUCCACUCCCUGAAAGAGAGGCUGAUGAUGUCACACAAGAAGCUGGAGGAGUAUGAGCAGCGGCUGAUGUCACAGGAAGAGCAGACCAGUAAGAUCCUGAUGCAAUACCAGAAUAGACUGGAGAACAGCGAGAGGAAACUGAGGAUGCAACAGCAGGAAAAGGACUCACAGAUCAAAGGAAUCAUCAACAGGCUGAUGGCAGUGGAAGACGAGAUCCGCAAAGACCAUGUGCCGACCCCGCCCCGCAUGCUCGAUGCUCAGGAUGAGCAGUUUUCCCCCCUGGGUUCUUCAAACGCCCGUGUGAUAGCAGCUCUCCAGGGUAAAGAGCGGAGUGGAUCGGGACUGGGAUUGGGAAUGGGAGGAGCUUCGCCUUCACAGGAGCCAUGGAAUGGGAUGACAUCAUCAUCAGGGGCAGGGCUGCAGCUGCCCCCACUGCCCCCCCCACGCCUGCACAUCACAGAGAAUGGAGAGUUCCGGAACACAGCGAGCUAUCCUAGUGGUCCGAGCAGUCAGGGGGCUGCAGCGGCCGAUCACUAGCCAGGGGUCCCACCCCGUCUCCACUCAGCACAGAGCCUUAAUACCAGGGAGGACUGAGUGGAACAGCCCCCUCCCCUCCCCUCUCCUCCUUCAGCACAAUGCAACAAGAACGAUAUCCCACAGCAUCAAACACAGAGCUGAACUGAGCUGUUCCUCAUUAAACAAGUGAUACACACACUGACACACAAACCAAGACACUGACACACACACUAAGACACUGACACACAAACUGAGACA